UGCCGCGGCGCGCCGCGUCGAAGAACAGAUGUGUACCGUGUGGUUGCUUGUUGAGCUGAUUUGCACUGGUAGAUUGAGGUCAUUUCUUUCCUCGAAUCUGUGUUUUCUCCAUGUGUAUCAUUAUCCGAGUGCCCGAAUAGCCGUUAGCACCUCCGAUCUUCGCUGUCUGUGACGAUCUCGGAUCUAGCAGACGAUGUUACAACCUUCAAUUGAGAGCCACAUCUUGAAAACGAGAGGCAGGCCCCACCAGAGGCUUUUACCAUGAACAGAAUGAGCAUCGUCGCCGCCGCAGUCGGGGGCUCCGCAACACCUGGCGGGGCCUCGAGCAAAGGCUACGACUACCUCCUCAAAUUCCUCCUCGUCGGCGAUAACGACGUGGGGAAGGGGGAGAUCUUGGGGGGCCUGGAGGACGGCGCCCUCGAGUCCCAGUUCGACGGGGGCCCUGGCGGUGGGGCCUUCCCGUCCUGCAGAACGACAACCGUGCUUCUGGAUGGAAAGCGUAUUCGACUUCAGCUGUGGGACACGUCGGGACAGGGCCGUUUCUCGACGAUAAUCCGCUCUUACUCUCGUGGUGCCCAGGGAAUCAUACUUGUGUACGACAUCACAAACCGGUGGUCGUUUGACGGCAUCGACCGGUGGCUGCAAGAAGUUGAAGAGCAUGCACCUGGAGUGCCAAAGAUCCUCAUGGGCAACCGACUGCACCUGGCAUUCAACAGACAAGUUGAAGAGGAAGCGGCCAAAGGGUAUGCGCGAAAGAACGGCAUGGCCUUCUUCGAAGUGAGUCCGCUCUGCGACUACAACAUCACCGAAUCCUUUGUGGAACUGUCACGCAUGGCUCUGCGGCGCAACGGCAUGGAGCGGCUGUGGCGGACAAAUCGCGUACUGUCGCUGCAAGAGCUGUGCUGCAGAACCAUCGUGGCCCGAACCACCGUCUACAGCAUCGAGCAGCUUCCUCUGCCUACCUCCAUGAAGUCGUGCCUAAAGUCCUACGCCAUGACUUCGCACCCGCGCACAAACUUUACACAGUCGCACAAAUCGCUGCGCAAGCAUCGACACAGGCGCCACUCUGCAUCCGCGGCACUCCACUGCCGCAAGAGCUGCUGCAUCUCGUAGCAGACGUGCACGUGAUAUCGUCACGGAAGGAGGGCCGAAUCAUCGACGUUCGUGUGCCCGCUGCAACAGACCUGUCAUCGGCAGUGGGCCUUUAAACACAGUGUCUCGCGAACCGAGCGGGACGUUACGUUUUUGAGUGUUUUUAUUUUUACGUCGAUCGCAGGGAGUGGAAUACUCCUCCAGUGUUCACCGAAAAUCCUCGGAAAUGAACAAAAAUAAUGUAGCCGUUUCUGAGGCUAGCGUAGGAAAAGAGUAUUUUACGGAUUUUCAAACAAGGCGAAUCGUGCAAAAAUUUGUUUGACGUAAACAUCCCACGACUUCACGUGCGGUUUUUACGCAACGUCCCGUCGAAGUCCGUGUGACAGUGUUGUUGAACGAAUGCCCUCACCGUAUUCCACGAGCUGUCGUCGAACUUUUUUUUUGGACGGCACAAAUUUUGGUGUUGUUGCGUACGGCGCAUGUGUGUAUAGUCGUCUGUGUGUGUGUAUGUGUGAAUGGGAUGUGUACAUAGAUGUGACCAGGUGCACAGUGCUGUUUGGGACAACAAAGUGCCGCGACAGUGUGUUUUGGGCCGUAACGCUUUUUCCUCCCCCGACUUGCUCCCCUGCGGCUCGGAGCUCGCUGCAGCGGGAGACUCUCCGGCGUGGUACAAAUUCGCAGUGUCGGACGAUUUAAUUUUUUUCCGCAGUAUUCAGAAGGGUUGUGAAAGAUUCAGCCACAAACUUUUUUUUAGGAAUGUGCUAGACUUAUCUCGACGUGUUGGAUGUUAUUCGUCACGUGACAUAGUUUUUCACUGUAAUAGAUUGAUGACUGCUGUGUAGCCAUAGAUGACUAGGGUUAGUAAACACUGCAUUUUUUUAUACACCAUUUUCUAGCAGUGGGGGACGAGGCGCAGGAUAACGACGGCAAAAAAUACUUGCACGAUACACGGUUCCGUUGUGCUUGAGACUUUUUUUCUUUUUGCUUAAAUUUACCGCAAAAUGUGGUGCGCUUGACAGCAUAUAAAAAUACUGCGCUCAUUUAAUCGCUGGACUGAAAUUUUAUUUGACCACGCGCACGACGUCUAGCGCAAUUACGAGGAAGACAAGUAACCGAAUCAUUACAGCUUUCCGGGAUGACACAGCUAAUUUUGCCCUGCAGCAGCUUCGUUAAUUUCAUGUAAGCACCUUUUGUGAGCGAGUGUGGUUCCACAAAUACUUCGCGACAAGUGAAGUGUGUAUCUGCCCAACAAGAUCUGCAGAGUGCAGCAGGUGCGCAGUUUAUGCCAAAGAGUUGAGUCGUCUUUGCUUGUAUCUACACAUACAGUUUAUCCAUAUUAUUAUUAUAUAGUUUAUCAAUUUGUGCAGAUUAUUUUGUAUCGUGCAGCAAAGGUGUUCAAUAAGAUCUUUAGUGCCCGCACGUGUUCAUUUUGAUUAAAAAUACGAACACUGAACCGGUGUGCAGACA